GUCUUUUUUUUACUUGAAUAAUGGUGAUUUAUUUUGUGUCACGGUGUAGGUUGCUUAUUGGCUUCUGCAGCACAAGGUCAGUGUCAUGAUGGCUGCCUGUGACACAUUUCGAUCGGGAGCUGUUGAACAGCUGCGGACCCAUGCUCGGAGACUUCAGAUACCUAUAUUUGAAAAGGGCUACGAGAAAGAUCCUGCCAUUGUUGCAAAAGAAGCAAUUCAAGAAGCUUCACACAAUGGUUCGGAUGUGGUUCUUGUUGACACAGCUGGUCGUAUGCAGGAUAAUGAACCACUUAUGAGAGCACUGUCAAAACUCAUCUACCUUAACAAUCCAGAUCUUGUCCUAUUUGUUGGAGAAGCACUGGUUGGUAAUGACGCAGUUGAUCAGCUUUCAAAGUUCAAUCAGAAAUUAGCAGACCUUGCAACAUCACCCAACCCAAACUUGAUUGAUGGGAUCUUGCUCACGAAGUUUGACACCAUUGAUGAUAAGGUAGGAGCAGCACUUUCCAUGGUUUACAUUUCUGGAGCUCCUGUGAUGUUUGUGGGCUGUGGACAGUCUUACACUGACCUCAAGAAACUCAAUGUCAAAUCAAUUGUGAAGACUCUUCUUAAAUGAGGGCACAGAGUUGUUUAUUUUCCCUUGAAAUCCUGUACACCUGUCUUCUGUUUGUUUGAUGACGAAGUUGAUCCCGUUCACCCUAUUACUUUGUGAGGAAAAACUGGCUUUGACUUUGAAGCAUGGUUUGUUUUAGAUUAAGGUUGUAUUUGGUCA